AUCAUAAAUUCCGGUAAACCAUUGUCAUAUGAGCGGAAAAAUUAUUACUUUUUUGGUUUAAUUAACGUAUAUUUUUGUUUUAUUAAACAUAAUUAUGUUUUUUUUAUCACUAAUGUCAUUGCCAUAGAAUAUGGUAAUUUUCUCAGAAUUUUUUCUUUCGUGCAUGAACUUAUACAAAAAAUAAAAAUGUCAGCCUUAAAAAUCUGCAUUAGAGUUUUCUUGGUUUUAAGAGAAUUUUUAUUGUAAGUUAGUGCAAUUAUUUUCUGUUACAGCCUAGAUGUUUGUAUAACUUGAAACCUUGCGAACAAAUUUAGUAUUGAUUUACAUUUUUAGUAUUGAAGUAUUGAUUUGAAUGCAUCAAAUGCACAUUUGUUGUUCAAAAUGUAUGAUAUGUUUCAUGACCUAUCUUAUGCGUUUUAAGUUUUAUAACAUAUCAUUGACUUUGUUGUCUGUGCCACAUUAAUGUAAUGCAUUCUUAAUUUGUAAUUAUAUACAUAUAUAAGGACAUAUUAAGCAUGCAUUAAGCAUUUAUAAGUACAUAUUAUGUACAAUUAAACUCAUAUUAAGCCUCAUAAUUUGUUCAGUGUUCUGAAUAUACAAAUUUGCCAGAGGUUUGAAUAUGCAAAUACUAUUAUUAUUACACUGUGUGUUAGAAAAUUUCCUUUAACGAGUUAAUUAGUGUUUUUAAAAUUAUUUUAAAGAAUAAAUCUUCAAAAUGACUGUUGAUGUUUUAUUUUUGUUGUUCAUAUUAAAUUCAAGCGCAGUUUCUGAAAAAGUAUAAGAUAACAGUUCAAAAACUGUUUUCGUCAAUUUAUCGCAGCUUCGUGGAAUGAUUUUGUCUCACUGAAGGUGUAAUAAAAUACUCAGUGUCUUCAAAGUUUUGAGGGAGAAAGUAGAGAGUCUUGUCUCAAAAAUUAAGAAAUAUCAGUAUAUUGAGCUGAAAUACACAAAGCACUGUUUUCAUUUCUCAGUUGUGAUGAAAUCUGAAAUCUUGUAUGCUGCACAGAUAUAUGCUGCUCAUUUCUUGUAUGCUGCAUUUGUACCACAUUAUUCAAAAUACUUGUUAUAUUCAUCUCAGUCAUUUUGGACCCUUAUUUUACAUAAAUGUGCAAUUUUUUUCUAAAAAGGUAAAAAAUCUUGCAUCACAUCUGACAGAAAUGUUUAGUCUAUCAGAAGUGUCCUCCAAUAAUUUCGGAAAUAAUCAACUUGAUUUGCGGAGAAAAUAAACACGGAAUUGAUUUAAAUUCAAAUUAUUUCUUCGGAGUGAAUAAGGAAUUGACUUCCUUUUAAACCUUCGAGUGCAUAGCAUUUUAUUACACUGUACAUUUAAGUGUUUUUAAAAUCUUGGAUUCGAGGUUUUGCUCAGCAAUACAGCAAAGUAUUUAAUAAAAUUAAUACAGUAAUUAAGUACUUUGCCAUUAUUUACUCUAAUAUAACAUUCAUGUCGAUUCUGGGUGAAAAUUUCUUCAUGCAGACCUAAAAGGACUAUUUUAUUUCGUACGUUAUUAUUCUUGGUGUUCACAAGUUUUCGUAAAAUGCUUGAACCUCUUUUUAUUUGUUCUUUUAAAUUCUUUUUUUUCUUAUAACGAAGAAAAUUCUCAAAAAUUCCAAAAUUUUGUGGGGCUGAUAGUUUUUCAAAAUUUAUUAUAGAUAUCGGUAUAUUGGGUUAAAACACAUAAAAAAAAUGAGAUCAAAAGCUUUUAGCAUGCAUUCAUUACUUCAAUCGAGGUUACUUUUGUAAAAAGUAAACAAGUUAACAGUUAUCCUGACAAGACAGCCUAGAAACUUUUUUUUUGCAUUUGAUAGCCAAAAUUUUUUAAAUAAAACAAAAUAAUGUAACAAAAGGAUGGUGAUGACUACUAAGUUUUCGAAAAUACAUGAUAAGCUUAAAAACAGUGCGGUAGGGUCAGAUCUUUGAAAAUUAAUUAUUAACAUAUUUUAACUGCAUAUUUUAUUAACAUGUUUUAACUGCGUCACCACAUCCUGCUAGCAUAUUUCAAAAAUAAUUUUACUCCUUAAACCGCAUAAACAAAUACAGAAAAUAAUUUCUUUAUUUUUUUUACAAAACCUCGUAAAUGUUGUUUUCAAUAGUUAUCUAACAGAUCUUUUUUUUUUUUAAUGGAAUAUCUGAUAUUCACCAUCACGCAGAAUCCAUUCAUAGAAAAAUGGAGUGAAGUUAUUGUAAACAUUUUGAAUGUUUAUACUGAUUAAUGAUUACAUUCUGUAGAAUUAGAACAAAUAGAUCGAUUUGUGAUACAUGUAAGGUCAAAGGCGUAAUGUAUUAUGUAGUGUAGAUUUGCGAUUGUGUAGGUAUAGUUUAAGCUUACUGAAGUUUUUUUAGAAAAAGAAAAAGAUGAAGCUUUGCCCCCGAGAGUUGGAAUCGUUGCUGAUUCAUUAUGCUGGUUACAUUGCCCAAAAGAGACUGGCUAGAGGUUGUAAGCUAAACCAUCCUGAAGCCGUUGCACUCAUUUCAAGCCAGAUACAAGAAUAUGCAAGGAAUGGAGAAACAGUGUCAGAUCUCAUGGAGAAGGGGCGUCAUAUACUAGGAAGAAAACAGUUGAUGGAUGGAGUUGGUGACAUGAUAUCUGACAUACAAGUUGAAGCCACUUUUCCAGAUGGAACGAAAAUGGUAGCUGUCUCCCAUCCCAUAUGCAGUGAUAACGGAAAUAUAGAAGAAGCGCUAUAUGGCAGUUUUCUACCUGUACCUGAUUUAAGUGUCUUUCAAAAUGAGGAUAUUGAAUCUGGAAAUGGAGUGCUAAUGAAAAGCCCACCUGGUUGCUUUUAUCCCAAAAAGGGGGAGGAAAAAAUUCAAAUCAACAAGAACCGAAGGAGGAUCACACUGAAAGUGACUAGCAUCUGCGAUAGACCGAUUCAAGUUGGGAGCCAUUAUCAUUUUAUAGAGACCAACAAACGCCUAAUUUUUGACAGAGAAAAAUCCUACGGAAUGAGACUGGAUAUUCCAGCUGGAUGUUCGGUGAGAUUCGAACCAGGAGAAGCAAAAAACGUUACUUUAGUGGAAAUAGGGGGUGCUAAAAUUAUUACUGGUGGCAAUAAUCUUUGCAAUGGUCCUAUGAAUGAACGAUUCUUACCAACUAUUAUGCAGAAAGUUAUAACACUUGGUUUCGGACACAAAAUUCAGCCCACCUGCGUAACUUCUCUUAUGAGUCCAUGCCAAAUUACAAGAUUUUCCUACAUGAGUAAUUAUGGUCCAACUACUGGAGACAAGGUUCGUCUAGGUGACAUGAAUCUUAUUGUUGAGAUUGAAAAAGAUUUCACCUUUUAUGGAGACGAGUUGAAAUUUGGAGGUGGUAAGGUUAUUCGAGAAGGAAUGGGACAAGCAUCAUUGAGAAGUAGUCAUGAAGUUUUAGACACUGUCAUAACAAAUUGCUUAAUUAUUGAUGCUAUCCAAGGAAUCAUCAAAGCUGAUAUUGGAAUUAAGGAUGGAUUGAUCAGAGGCAUUGGAAAAGCAGGAAAUCCCGAUGUCAUGGAUGGUGUUCAUGCUAACAUGGUGGUAGGAGUAUCAACGGAAGUAAUUGCUGGUGAAGGUUCAAUUCUGACUGCUGGAGCAAUUGAUACCCAUGUUCAUUUCAUCUGUCCUCAAUUAAUUGAAGAUGCCAUUGCAUCUGGUAUUACUACGCUAGUUGGAGGUGGAACAGGACCUGCUACUGGUACCCGAGCUACAACAUGCAGUCCAGGACCAUAUCAUAUAAGAUUUAUUAUUGAAGCAACUGAUGAAUAUCCUUUGAAUUUUGGGUUCACUGGUAAAGGAAACACAUCUGAUGUAGAUAAUUUAUCUUACGGACUUGUAGAGCAAAUUGAAGCUGGAGCUAUUGGAUUGAAACUUCAUGAAGACUGGGGAACGACUAUAGCAGCAAUUGAUUGUAGUUUAAAUGUCGCUGAAAGUUUAGACGUUCAAAUUCUGAUCCAUGGAGAUACCUUAAAUGAGUCUUCUUGCGUUGAAGAAACUAUAGAAACCUUUGGAGGCAGGACAAUUCAUGUCUAUCAUACGGAAGGUGCCGGAGGUGGUCACGCACCGGACAUUAUUAGAGUCUGCAGUGAGCCAAAUGUAAUUCCUUCAUCCACAAAUCCGAGCAGACCUUUUACGAUAAACACAAUUGAUGAAACUCUCGACAUGCUUCUUGUUUGUCACCAUUUGGACAAAAAUAUUAAAGAAGAUUUGGCAUUCACUCAGUCAAGAAUUCGUGCUGAAACAAUGGUAGCCGAGGAUGUUUUACAUGAUUUAGGAGCUAUAAGCAUCAUGUCAUCUGAUUCACAGGCUGUGGGUAGAGUUGCUGAGGUAGUUUGUCGAACAUGGCAAACAGCUGAUAAAAUGAAGAAUAUAAGAGGUCCUCUACCAGAAGAUUCUAGCGAAAACGAUAAUUUCAGAGUGAAAAGAUAUAUAGCUAAAUAUACAAUAAAUCCAGCCAUAGCACAAGGAUUCUCGCACGUUACUGGGUCGGUUGAAGUUGGAAAAAUGGCUGAUCUCGUCUUAUGGAAUCCAGCAUUUUUCGGGGCAAAACCUGAUAUGAUUAUUAAAGGCGGGGACAUUGCUUGGACUGAUAUGGGAAUGCCAAAUGGUUCCAUACCAACAGUUGAGCCCGUAAUGCAAAGAAAAAUGUAUGGAGCCUGUGGAACUGCUACUAGAAGAAAUUCAUGCGUAUUUGUUUCUAAGGUGUCUAUGGAUAAAAAUAUAGUUCAAAAAUACAACAUAGGAAAAAGAGUUAUUGCUGUUGAAAAGUGCAGAAAUAUAGGAAAGAAAAAUAUGGUUUUGAAUGAUGCUUUACCAAAGUUGAAAGUUGAUCCAGAAACUUAUAAAGUGUAUGCAGCUGAGAUGGUUGACGGUAAAGAAACAUGGACGCAUUUGACUUGCGAACCAUCAGAAGUGUUGCCACUAGCACAGAAAUAUUUUUUAUUCUAAAUUAGACGUUCUUAUUAGAAAUAAAAUAUUAUUAAUACAUUAUCAGGAUGUAAAAACGUUAUUACUAUAUUUUGAUUGUGUGUUUUUCAACAAAUUUAAACUUUUAUUUAUAUACUGAGAAUUUGGCUCAAAAUAAGUUCAAACGAUAGUCAGAUAUCUUCAUAGAGGCAAAAGAACGAGGUCAUCUUGCCAAUUGAAUUUGAGGUAAUUUUUCAGGUGCUUUGAAAAGGACGAAAGCUUAAUUAUAUUCAAUAUUUAUAUUUUAAAGGCAAUUUUUAUGAUCAUUUGAGUGAUAUUUUUGGCACAAGAUAGGAAAUAUUUAUGAAUAACUUUGAUUUCCUUUUAAAGUUUAUAUAUUUUGGCUGGAAUGUUGAAAAAAUACUGUUAUUGAGAAGGAAUCUAAAGUUUAACAUUAAUCGAAUACUAAUUAACGAAUUUCAUUUAGAAUAGAAUACUAAAAAAAGGUAUUAAGAAUAUUAAAAAAUACUGAUUACAGUAGAAUAAAAAAAUUGCCGUUAAAGUUAUUAUAUUACAGUUUUUUUAUAUAGUAUACUUAAGUGCCAAUUAUUCCGCUUUUAGUAUCAGUUUUCUUUUAAGAACUAUUGUAUUAUUAUUUAGUUAAUAGCAGUUACCUAACCUGCAGCAAUCAUUUAUUACUUGUAAAUCUAGUUAAUAUGCAUUUUUCACAAAUUUUAAAAAAUUCAAUUUGUUUUAUGUUGAAAUGGAUCUAAAUAUAAUUUAUUUGUUUGAUGUAAGUAAUUAAAAAUGUAACUUUGUUUUGCGCAAAUUAAUAAUUUAAAUUAAUCAUUUUUAAGUAGUAUAUAAAAAUAUAAGACAUAAUUUAAAUAUCCUCUUGUUAACGUUAUUGCGAAGCCAAUAAUAUACGAAAACAUUUCUUAUGUUUUGUAAACCUGUCUUUUAUAUCAUCGCUCAAUUAAGUAUAAGUAUUGAUUAAACAUCAAAUGCUAUGCAGUUCUGAAUAAGUACCACCAGUCAAAACUACUUAUUUUGCAUUAUUUAGUUUUUAAAAGUCUUCCAUAUUAGGUUAUUUUGUUUAAAAAUUAAAAUGCUAUUCUGAAUUAAUGCAGUUUUGAAUAAGUAACACCAGUCAAAACUACUUAUCUUGUGAAUUUGUAUAAAUUGAAUUAAACUGUUAAAUAUCUUAUGUCAUGCAUCAUACAUUCAUUUUUAAGCAAUUCUGCAUUAAUAACUUCAGUUAAAAGUAUAAACUGAAGAUUUAAAUGUUUUGUAUAAUGAAAAGAGAAGGAUAUCUAUCACAAUUAGAACAUUCAGUUUGUAAUCAACCUUCUCCCAGUAAUGAGUUUGUAAUAGUAUUUUGCAUAUUUUAUGUUAUGGAAUCAGCAAAUAGGAUAAUAUUGAAAAAUCCUGCGCAAAUAGUUUUUGUUUCAUAUGCAAAGGAAAAUGCUUUUAAUAUUUUAAAAUACAAUGCUA